GUGAUCUGGCGCGGAUGCAUGAUCGAGCGCCUUCAGCUAGAUGAGUCAAUUAAAACUAAUCUGGUCAGCAUCCAAUGUCGAAAACCUAUAGAGCUAUUUAUUUUGGGGAUUUAUUUACCGCUACAAUGUAACUGAUUUGGUAGUCUAUCUCUAUUACUAAAAUCCGAAAUCAUAUCUAUGUGUCGUUGUGGAUCUUCAUAAUUCAGGUUAUAUGUUAAUGUGCUUUAUUUACACUAAUUUCAUCCUUAAAGCGACCCGUAUUUUUAAAGGAUCUAAACAUGGAAAGGUUAGCGGGUACCCGUAAAAUCUUGGAAGAUUCGUUGAAACAAAAGAACUGGUUCACAGGUUUAUUGGAGAAGGUGGAAAAAAAGUCAGGUGUCGACAGACUAUACAUCGUUACUGGAAGUGCUGUAUUGAUAUUUCUGUACCUCAUUUUCGGUUAUGGGACUAGCUUCAUUGCAAACCUUAUUGGAUUCAUCUAUCCAGCAUACAGAUCGAUCAAAGCAUUAGAGACGUCUGAUAAGGGGGAUGAUACAAAGUGGCUCACUUACUGGGUUGUUUUCGCAACAUUCAGUGUUAUCGAGUCAUUAACUGAUAUAUUGUUUUUUUGGAUACCAUUGUAUUCACUGCUAAAGUCUCUAUUUUUCUUGUUUAUGAUGAUCCCAACAUCACCUAACGGAGCUAUCAUAAUCUACGAAAAAGUUAUUAGACCUAACUUUUUGGCUCACGAAAAAAAUAUUGACAAGUUUAUCAAUGAGGCAUCAGAUUUGGCUGGUGAUUUUGGAAAUGCCGCUAAAAAGAAGGCUACUGAAGCUAUUUCACAGGAUUUAAUGGGAAAAAAAGACUAAUACUACCAACUAGUUUUUAUUUGGAUUGCGAACCGUAGACUAUUCACUAAAAUAUGCCAAAUAGUUUUAAGAAACUCCCCAAUGUCCAUUAUUCGUUGCUGCAUGUUCUAAAUUGUGGACCCGUUUAUGUUUGCCAUUGACUUUUUAUUUUAUCUUUUUCUCUCGUUUUCAUUCCAAGUUAAAUGUAAUUUCUGCUUUGGCCCUUCUUAUCUUCCUAAGUUUAUUUGAAUCCGCAGUAUCCAAUUUAAAAACAUUCGUAAAGAUAAUGGCUUUACAUCAAAAAGGUAACUGUAUGUUGUAAUUUUAUGUAAACUGAACAUUACAAAAAAUGCAUCCUAAUUUUCGAGUUAAUCUUUUCUUUACCAUUAGACAAAAUGUGACGGCUUAACAAAAUGUACGUUUUUUGUGCUUUGUCUUUUCAUUUGUACGUAUAUGUUGUUGAAAGAUCUUUUCAUUUCCUCAUUUGUAUCAUUGCUUCUUUUCGUGUCACUAACCUCUUAUUUAAUAAAGAAUAGAAUGUGAAAUAAAUGACACUGACUUAUUUCGCACAAUCAUAAUUGUAUUUCCAACAAAUUUAUUUAGCUUACCAUUGGAUAUUUCACUAACCAAUGUAAUACACUUAAAACUGUGGAUUUGAGGUGAUUUUCUUAUGUCACCUCUCCACACGUUACGUCUAUUCAUCGUUAAUUUGGAGUUGCUUAUCUCUUCGGUAAUAAGAUCGUUUGUAUGUUUUUUCGUUUGUGAAGUCGUAUCUAAAUGAUUUGAGUUGUUGACUUCCAAUUGUUUUAUUGCGUAUUGUGCUUCUAUCUACUUAUGCAGGAUUCCAAAUUUGCGCUUGCUUCAAUGUGCAGUUUGGUUAUUUGCACAGUGCAUAUCCUAUCCACCCACAACGUCUUUUGCCAAUUUCCUCUUCAACUGGAAACUGGUUUGUUCUCUCCCACAGUAGUUUAUUGUCGAUGGCAUCCGACCAACAUGUAUUGAGUAUCUUGAGUAGACAUUUGUUUAUAAAUACUUGUACCUUUUUGAUUAUGGUUGUGCUAGUUGUCAAAGUUUCAGCUCCGUACAGUAGGACUGACUGACUAUCUGUCUUGACGUUCGCAUUGAAGAUUGUGACUGAUGUUGGUUGAGAGAUGGUUGUUUGGAGUUGCGUAUGUUGUUCAACUGUAGGGAUGCUGCGCUUACUUUUCGAAUCCUUGUCUCUACUUGUGCAUCAGAUCCUCCUUGUACAUCGAUGAUGAUGCUGCUGACUAGGUGGGAUAGGAUUGCUAGGCCAUCUACGAAGUUCGAAUUGUCUAGUUGCAUGGAAGCUGUCUAUUGUAUUCCGUGCUUCCCGUCAGAUGUGGAGGUCUUCAUAAUCCAGUCGACUACUGUAGAGAAAUAGUGCGUGUUCUAAAUGUAGCUCAUCAACUUUGUAGAGGCUAGUGUCCUCUAUAUCUGACUCCAAUAAAUAGUAUCCCGUUAACUGAGUAUUUAAUGCAGGCUGAAUCUCCUAGUAGAAUUAUCGAUUUACUCGAGAUUAUUCAAAAGUCUGAACACCAGUUAUAGAGAUAGUUUACUGUUAAAGAUUGGUAAAAUCCGCAAGCGUACACGAAGCAAGCACACAGUGAAAAAAAGUGUAUGUGUGUGUGAGUGUUAGAAAUCCAU